GGUUACUAUAAACAAUGAAAAGUAAAAUAAGAACAACAAUAAUAAUAAAAACAACAACGGCAACAGCAACAUAGAAAAUUGCAUGUUCAUUAAACGUGUUUAUUCUUUUUUUUUUUAUUUUGUGCAUGAUUAUCAUUAUAUACAUACAUACAUACAUUUUAUUUCUUUGGCACAAAUAUUUCGCGCUCUCAAAUUAUGCAAAAUAAGUUAUUCGUGAAAAACAACAAAAUAGCAACAACAACAACAACAACUGCAACAGCAACAUUAAAAUAAUAAUAAAAAAAAUUGCAUACUAUUGCGUGUGGUAUCAUUUUAAAAAAUUGCAAUAAAAACGUACAUUGUUAGUAAGAAAAAAAAACAAAAAAACAACAACAAGUUCACAGCGAAAACAUACCAGGCAUGUGCAACAUUUUUACUCCGCUUUUUUUUUCAUUCUUCUGAAUUUUUUUGUUUUUUAGUUGAGUUGAAUUUUUGCCUUGUUUUUUUUUAAUUUUACUAUUUUUGCUGCAAAAGCGAUAUUUAAACACAGAAUCACGGGAAAGAGAGAGAUAGACAGAGAGAAAGAAAUAAAAAAAAAGAAACUUGUCCGGCGUAAACUGUAAUUAAAGUGGAGCGGCGGGAUAUUGAAUAUCGCGAAAUCGAACGUCACAAAGAAAUGGAUCGCGAACGUGAACGUCUUCAUCAUCAUCAACAACAGCAGCAGCAACAACAACAACAACAACAACAACAGCAGCAGCAACAGCAACAUCAUAAUCCGCAUCAACAUCAGCAUCCGCAUCAACAACAACAACAACAACAUCAACAGCAGCAACAUCAUUCACAAUCAAAUCAACCACCACAAUCACAUCUUGGUGUUGCUGCAGCUGUUGCUGCUGCUGCUGCUGCACAACAUCAUCAUCAACAACAAUUACAACAACAACAACAGCAACAUGCUGUUCAACAACAUCAUCAUCAACAACAACAGCAACAACAACAACAACAGCAAAGACAAAUUGAUCCAGAUCGGGAGAGUCGAGAAAAGGCUGAACAAGAAGUCGCUAAACACUUCGAAGAAUCUCUAAAACGUGCUAAAAAGGUGAGUCCAGUUUGAUAUUUUUUCAUUGACAACCAAUUUAUAAUAUAAGUAAAUCAUGUAAGUCGAAAAAUUUCUUAAUUGUUUGUCAAAAAAAUAUAAAAUUGAGUAAAACAAUAAUUCCUCUUUCAAAAUAUAAAUUCUCCAUUCAAAAUUAAGAAGUAGACCAUAAUAAUAAAAAAA